UUUUUUUUUACUACACUCCACUCUCUUUGACAAUCAUACAAUCAUAUCCAAUCAUGGGCACUUUAAUCACCUUCAUCAGCCAACACAUCUCUCUCAGUCCAAGUGCAAGAGACCGUGAACGCGACGAUUACUUUGGUCAUCAAUUCCAAAACCAAAAGCGUCCGCAGCAACAACAACAGCAAAGCCAACUCUCUUCAUGUUUCCACCAGCGUGAACGUGCCCUUCAGCAGUUCCCUUGUGAAGAAAAGCAUUCGUUCAAUCCUCAUUAUCAACACAAUCUCUCCACAUCUCCCUCCUACUCUAUUCCUCCUUCCCUCAGCUCCUCUCCCUCAAACUCCUCCCCCUCAUCUGCCUACACUAGCAGCUCACAUUCCUCCCUCUCCAGAGCAACCGGCUUCCGAUCUCUUCCCCAAGACUCUCAUAUGCACCAGUACAACUACAAUACCUACAGUGGUAACAACAAGCAUGACUACAGCUACCAUCGUCGCUACAACCGUCGUCAGGCCUUGAAAUGUUAUACCUCUCAACAACAAGAGUCCUAUGUGGUGGAUGAUUGGAUGUUCGGGAUCGCAGAGGAUGAUGAGUAUCACAAUUCCAUGAGCACAAACAUGAUGCGUGCCAGUCCUCAAGAGUCCCCCAUCUCCCCCCCUCUCUCUACCUCGACCGUCUCCCUAAAGUCCUCAUUCUCGCGCAAGAACCGUACUCAACGCGGCAGUGUCCUGAGCAUGUUCUCCACUGCAUCAAGGUCGACCGUUACCUUCUCACCCGCUGUUGUUGAACACAUUGUGAGGACAACGGAUCAUCCCAAGACCUCCAUCGGGUUAUUGCCCACCAUCUCAGAGUCGACCUUAUCUUCAAGCUCUGCCUCUGUAUCCUCUUCUCCCUCCUCCACUUCUCCUUCUUCUUCCAAGAAGUUGUCUGCCAAACAGUCGUUGAUGCGUAUUGCACACUGCUCCAAAUCCGAGGAUGGAUGGUGUACCCAGAAGGCAGGACAGUAUACCCAACGUUACGCUAGCACACCCCGCAGCAUGUCGAUCGAUGGCCGCCGUAGCCGUCGAAUGUAA